UACAUCCGGAUGGCCAUGAUUACACCUCGGAUUUCAUUGAUGGCGUGAAAUACACUGCGGAGUUGCAAGCAUAUGAAGCAACUAGUGAGAUUGCCAAGGGUUUUGGGUUUUAUUUUGUGAGGGCAACGAACAAAAAAAAUAAAAAUGAAGGUACUUGGCGACAUUACUUACAUUGCACUCAUGGUAAGAAGAAGAAGUCGAAGGAACCUGAUCCGAGUAAGGAAAUGAGGCCUCUUACAUCUACUGAAAAGUUGGGGUGUGAGUUUCAGAUAAAGCUUGAGCGGUCCGGUGAUGGAUAUUAGUUGAUCCUAGGGGUGCAAAUACAAAGAAUCCUGGUGCUAAUUUGGGUUUCCACUAUCAUCAGUUGGAGCUAUUUCCGGAGGGAUCAAAGGGAAGGAAUGUUUUGACUAAAGAGGAUAAGCAAUACAUCAGACAGCUGAGAUCAGCCGGUGUCCCACCAAGGGAUAUCCACAAGGCAGUGAAUGAGAGAAAAGGUGCAAAUGGAACACACAACAGAAAGCAGAUUUAUUACGAGUUGCAAAACAUAAGGAAAGAAGAGUUUGGUCAGAUGACAUCCUUAUAGUAUACUUUCCGCGUGGCUCAGGAGAAGGGUUACUAUGUGCAGUAUAUGGACGAUCGUAACGUGCUUACACACUUGUUCCUAUCCCACCCCAAGUCAAUAGUGAUGUUGCGAGCUUGGCACCAUGUGAUCGUGAUAGAUGCAACAUACAAGACCAAUAAGUAUGAUAUGCCUUGGGUUGAGAUUGUCGGCAUGACACUAGUGGGCUUGAACUUUGUCAAUUCAUCUACAAUAGUGUACGACGAGAUGAAGGAGUCGUACCAGUGGCUUCUGACGCAUUUGCAACAUCUUCUUGGCCCCAUUGUUCCAGAUGUGUUUGUCAGUGACAAGGCAGGAGGAUUGGUUGGGACCGUUGGGGUAAUGUUUCCAUCAUCGACUCAUAUAUUAUGUCUUUGGCAUAUAGAUAGGAAUGUGAGAGCGAAGUGUCUAGCGGAGGUGCGGACGACUCAUUGUGGUAUAGAUGCAGCCAAACCGACAGUGGAUCAUAUCAUGGUGUCUUGGCAACGUGCUGUAUAUGCAUUGAUAGAGGAAGACAUGGAUACUACCUUAGACAAUUUCAGACGUAGUUGGGGAGUACAAGGGGUAUUUGGCAGCUGAGUGGUUACCAGUUAGACACAUGUGGGCUAAAUGUUAUACCAAUCAAGUGCAGCAUUUGGGUAACACAAGCUCUAAUAGGGUUGAAGCUGCCCAUUCCUCCUUCAAGAAGUGGCUUCAAUGCACAAACCAACUUCGAGAAUGGGAAGGAGCCGAUCCAUAAUGAUACAAGUUAGAAAUUAUAUUCCUAAUUUCGGGUAAACAUAUUGUAUAACUCUUUGUAUUAAUUUAUUAUGUUAUGUUCUUCAUCUAGAUGGUGCCCCGAAUGUGAAUGCACAAACCAACUUCGAGAAUGGGACGGAGCCGGUGAUCCAUAAUGAUACAGGUUAGAAAUUAUAUUCCUAAUUUCUGGUAAACAUAUUGUAUAACUCUUUGUAUUAAUUUAUUGUGUUAUGCUCUUUGGCUAGAUGGUGCCCCUUGGAGGAUUGCUCGGAUUCCCAAUACUAGUUGGAAGAAUUGCCCAUGGCUACAUUGUUUGGAAUCCUACGUGCAACGACUAGUUCGUGGUUGGCACAACCCUAUUCCAGAUGGACACUGUGGAUUUCGAUCUAUAUCACAAGCAGUUACUGGGGACCAAAGGAAUUGGCCACCAAAUGAGACGCGCUGUUGUAGGGGAGCUUGAAUCCCGUCCUGAGCUUUAUAGAGAGUACUAUGAUGGAAUAACAAAUGGAAUAGAAAAUGUUCUUCGACGUUGCAGGUGGGCAUCAACAAGUGGUUGUGGACCUUCCAAUUGGAUGGAUAAUGUGGAACACUUCGUCUUCGCCACCUUGCAUUCAUGGGCUAUCGUUGUAUACAGUCAAGGUGGUCGUUAUACCGUGCUACCUGUGAUGGCCCCACCACGAGUAACAAGACCACGUGGGAUCUUAUCACUACAUUUUACGCGGGAUCAUUGGGUGCGACUUGACUUUCGACAUGGUCAAGUGCCCAUGCCUCCAAUUAAUGGCCUUUGGCCUAUUUUUCAUGACCCUAGUGUCAAUGGGUGGGAUCAAUUCUUCUUACAUGAGCGUGCACUUUAUGAUAGUUUAAACCCACGGGGAUUACGAUUGGAAGUAUAUUUACGAAUUGUAUAACUCUCUAUUAUUGAAACAUUUAGUAAUCUACCAUGUUGAUUAACUAUUUUAGCAAUGCAUUGAAUGUAACUAAAGUACAAAACACAAUCGUCUCAAUUCAACUACAAACGAUGACAAAUAAAAAACACAAUCGUCUCAGUUCAACUACAAACGAUGACAAAUAAAAAACACAACAGUCUCAGUUCAACUACAAACGAUGACAAAUAAAAAACAGAAACGGAAGUGAUAAACAUCUAAUGAGGCGGCUGCCCUACCAACUGGUCGUACAACUUGUGAACUCAAGCUAUCAUAUCGUAGAACUUACCACCGUCCUCCUCAAACUUACUCCGGUCCCUUGUCUGCAACACGGGACCUAAACGAUCCACAAUCUGCUCUCUCAACUUUAAAUAGAAAACAAUGUUAGAA